UAGUUUUCCACAUAACGUCAUUGGGAAUUCCCGAAAAUCAAAACUUAUAAAGCUAUGGUAUGUGUUCAACUUCUGCUAGAACGAGUUGGAGUCAGGAGACAAUCAGACGUGUUUUGUUAGUUGACAUCGGAAAUAUAAUAUAGAGUAUUUGUCGCAGGGAAUGAAUUGACAGCCCCGCAAUGCCUAAAGUGGACGUGAACCUGCCAGUGGUACUGUACAGCCCUGUCUGCAGCGCUGAGGUUACAGUCGCUGCUGGUCAAACAAUCGAGCAGUUCAAAAAGGGCCUUAAUAUUGCAUCGUACGACUUUAUAAAAGAAUCCAAGAUCGUUUUAAAAGGUUCAGAUAAUCAGCAGAUAGAAUUGAAAGAGCAAGAUAUCUUUGAUAACCGUUUGGCUGGUGCAACAGAAAUCUGCAUAUUUUCCAAAGAGCCAUAUUUUUUAUCCUCGCCGGGGGCCGAAGGAGGCGCUCCCCUGCCUCACACGACAACUAAAGACAGUGACCCUCUGCCUGCUAAAUUUUGCAAGCCCAAAAAAGUUGUAACCCAAUCUGUGGAUAACAAUUGGAGAAGUUUGCUUUGCUCUCACGAAGUAGAUCUACCAAUCGUAGAGAGACUAGCACAACGGAUAAUAACCUGUUUUGGAGACUUCUGGCAGAGCGUAUUCUACCAGCUGGACUUCACGACACAGGACAUCGACAUCAUGAACAGGGACUGCGACAAAGUCUGGAAACAUUCAGCUGUCAGACUUCUGAUGCGAUGGGUGCACAAAUCCGGCAACAGAGGAAACUUAAGAGCGCUGAUUCAAGCGCUAGAGGUAGUCCACAAGUAUAACCUUACUGUCAUCGACUGGGACAAACUGCAGGAGAUUAUUAAAGAAGGUUAGACGGACUGGUGUCUCGUUUAUGUCCCAGAAAACUUCAGAAAGAUAACAGUUCUUUCUUUCAUUCUUCUCUCCAAGAAGUACUGACGAAGCUGUAGAUAUAGUGGACUCAGUAUUGAGAUAUGAUUUAAAUGUCCUUUGUGUUGUAGACAUUAUUGCGUCAUCGGACAAUAAGAAUAAUCAGAAUCUAUCUGUGGCACAAAACUGUUGGAGUGUACACUCCAUGUCUAAUGCACAACUUCCUAGCUGUCUUUAUCUCGAUGUUAACAGAUAAAUACUUUUAUUUCACCUUGCAGAAAAAAGAAAAGCUAAUCACAACAAUAAACUGUUAAAAGAUAA